AUGGCUGCGGAGAGCAAGGACUUUGAUUUGGAGGACUGGGCCCGCUGCAAGAACGUGAAGUUCAUCCACCUCUUGAAGCUGCUGUCGCUGAUUCUUCGCCUGCUCCUGUGCAUGUGCAUUUUGGGGUCAGGCUUCAUGCUCAUGUUCAUGACUCCAGAUGUACUUGCCCGAAGGGUCGACUGGGGAGGUCGGCUGACAGCAGGCUCGUGCUUCUUCUUGACCGGUGAGGAGUAUGGAGUCGAGGUCAGCUUGGACUUGUUGUCAGCAAGCGCCGGCACUCAGACGUUCUGCGGGAUGGCGCCAGAAGACGUUUCCACAACCUUUCAGCAGAACAUGUUUUUGCUGAAGGCGAUGGGAUGGACCGAGGACUGCCUUCCGAACUUGAUGGGCCUGCCUUCCGGCUGUGGCUGUGGUCGGGUGGAGUCCGAGUUCUGCCCACAAGACUCGGUCUUGGACUUGGGCUUCAUGGCACAGUUCUUUGCCUCCAUGUUCUUCGCCGGCUUCUUCGUUUGUGCCUCUGCCGGAGCCAUUAUCAGCGACAUGCGGUCCAAGUUUUCCGACUUGCCAGGCUCCGUCUCCUUCCUGCAGAAGACUUGGAUGUAUUUCUUCUUGACGAUCCUGCCCAACUACCUGAUCAGUCCGAUGGGUUCUGUCGUCAUGAUGCCAGAGCCUGCUGACAAGGUGGUGCUGAUCAGGACUCCCCCAGACUACGCCUUCAUCCAGCUUUACAGCUUCUUCGUUGUGGUGCCCUCGACUUGCUGCCUCCUGUGUUAUGCAUGUUGCUGCGUGGACCAAGGAAGCAAUGGACAUCGAAGUUGUGGGUCAGCAUAUACUUGCUCCUUGCUUUGCUCAGCUGCUCUCGUGGCUCCUGUGGUCUUGCUCGUGAUCCUUGCGUACCUGGACAUGGGCAACUGGUUCUUCAUCGACUGGAACUUCCGGAUUUCCGUUGACCUAAGCUUCGUUGGUGCAGCCAUGGUGGCCAAGUGCUUCCUCGGCGUCGCCGCGCUGCUGGACAGCAUCGUCUACAUCAUCAGCUUAGUUCAGGAUACGGCAUGGUUUAAGGACAAGACGCAGAAGACGGCAGUGGAGCACAUGAAAGCUCAAAAGUAUGAACCGGGAACUGCGCAGCAGAUUCCCGCAUGA